AAUGGUGUAGAAACGCUGAAGCACGCCAUUCUGUUUAUGAUUUUUGUUAAUGAUUGACGCUGCUGUUUAAAGGUAUUUUAAUGUCUGCUUUAUUUGUAUUACAACAUAGUUGGGGAGGACAGGGGAGAAAGGGUGGACGGCUCCCUGUCUAGUAUUUGUCGCCUAUAGCUAGUUAUAGGUCUUCUUGAGGAAGCGCCGACAGACGGACAGCUGCGCGACUUCGCAUUUUCUAAUAAACAGCAGCACGAGCGAUGGCUUUGGCGUCGCAUUUCUUACUGUAUUUUUCAUAAGGCGGCGAAGUCGACAUCGUGAAGGUUUUAUUCUGUGCUAGUUUCGUGGUUGCCGGCAUGACAUAGCAGCUACGAGCAAGAGCCGCUUCGAUUAUGGGAACAUUCAGAUUUGAGGAACCCUGAUCCAAUUGGCUCCGGCACCACCCUACCAGGUGACCUUACAGCGGGGGAGACGGGUAAGGAGACCCAGCCACAGCCUCCCCUGUCCAACAGUGCAUUGCACCGUGCCCACCUCCACCAUGUCCACCCCCAGCGGCAGCCCUGAGAGAGAGUGCUCCACAGGGGGACCCAACCAGCUGGAGUGUCCCCCUUCCUCUCCCCCUGGCAUGGACCAUUCCAUGGGCAGCCCCCUCCUCAGCCCGGACUCAUCUUGCCAAGAUGCCAUGCUCUCGGCCCCCGCCGCCUCCCCCGCCGACUCUGAGAGCCUGAGCCCUGACGAGCUAGAGCUGCUGGCCAAGCUUGAGGAGCAGAACAGACUUCUGGAGGCGGACUCCAAGUCGAUGCGCUCGAUGAGCGGCUCGCGGCGGAACAGCGGCUCGUCCCUUGUGUCAAGCUCCUCUGCCUCGUCCAACCUGUCCCACCUGGAGGAGGACACCUGGAUCCUGUGGGGACGCAUCGUCAACGAGUGGGACGAAUGGAGACGCAAGAAGGACAAGCUGCUCAAGGAGCUGAUCCGCAAGGGCAUCCCACACCACUUCCGGGCCAUCGUGUGGCAGCUGCUUGGUAACGCUACAGACAUGCCAGUGAAGAACCAGUAUUCUGAGCUGCUCAAGAUGUCCUCGCCCUGCGAAAAGCUCAUCCGCCGGGACAUCGCCCGCACCUACCCCGAGCAUGAGUUCUUCAAGGGCCAGGACAGCCUGGGUCAGGAGGUACUCUUCAACGUCAUGAAGGCGUAUUCUCUGGUGGACCGGGAGGUGGGCUACUGCCAGGGCAGUGCCUUCAUCGUGGGCCUGCUGCUCAUGCAGAUGCCAGAGGAGGAGGCGUUCUGCGUGUUUGUGCGUCUGAUGCAGGAGUACCGUCUGAGGGAGCUUUUCAAACCAACCAUGGCUGAACUAGGCCUCUGUAUCUACCAGUUUGAAUACCUGCUGCAGGAGCAGCUCCCGGAGCUGAACGUCCACUUCCGUUCUCAGAGUUUCCACACCUCCAUGUACGCCUCCUCCUGGUUCCUCACUCUCUUCCUCACCUUCCUCCCCAUGCCCGUCGCCACACGCAUCUUUGAUAUCUUCAUGUACGAGGGUCUGGAGAUUAUAUUUCGUGUGGGCAUGGCCAUUCUGCAGUACAACCAGACUGACCUCAUCCAGUUGGACAUGGAGGGCAUGUCUCAGCACUUCCAGAAGUUGAUCCCUCACCAGUUUGACAGCUGCCCAGACAAGCUGAUCCUGAGGGCCUACCAGGUCAAAUACAACCCCAAGAGGAUGAAGAAGUUGGAGAAAGAGUACACCACAAUCAAGAACAAAGAGAUGGAGGAGCAGAUAGAGAUCAAGAGGUUACGCACAGAGAACAGGCUUCUGAAGCAGAGGAUUGAGACAUUGGAGAAGGAAAGUGCUGCUCUAGCAGACAGGCUGAUACAGGGUCAGGUGACGCGGGCGCAGGAGGCGGAGGAGAACUACGUGAUCAAGCGGGAGCUGGCGGUGGUGAGGCAGCAGUUCAGUGUGACCAGUCAGAACCUGGAGAAAGCCCAGGACACCAUCGGAGAACUGCAGCGGGAGAAGUACACAGAGCAGUUUGUGACCGGUCUGCAGACGCAGCUGGAGCAGUCCCGGCUGCAGGAGGCAGAGCUACUGGGAGCCCUCAAAGAGAUGCAGGACAAAGUACUGGACCUAGAGAAGAGGAGCAGCUCUCUGCCUGAUGAGAACAACGUGGCCCAGCUGCAGGAUGAGCUGAAGCUGGUGAAGCUCCGAGAGCUGGAGACACUGCACUCCUUCAGAGAGAUGCAGGACACGGUGACCGAGCUCAACCAGCGCUGGCAGCUCCACAUGUCAAAAGGAGGCGGGGGUGGAGGUCACUGGAAGGAAUCCCCCAAGAAGAACGCCCUGAAUGAGCUGCAGGAGAAGCUGAUGGGGGUGCGUCUGAGAGAGGCCCAGGCCCAGGCUGAACUCAGGGAGGUCAAACUCCAAGCCAUACAGCUGGAGAGCAAGAACCAGAUUCACAGCAAGCUGAUUGGGCGCCAUGAGGUGGAAAGCGCCGCCAUGCAGGAGAGGCUGCAGCAGCUGGCGGGCCAGAACAAGGGGCUGCAGUCCCAGCUCACCGAGAUGAAGAGGAAACGGGCCGAGCUCGACUGCAAGAGUAAAGAGGAGGUGAUGGCGGUGCGCUUGCGGGAGGCUGACAGCAUGGCCGCCAUGGCUGAGCUCAGACAGAAGAUAGCUGAGCUGGAGAUACAGAAGGAGGAGGGUCUGAUCCAGGGCCAGCUGAACCACUCUGACUCCAGGCAGUACAUCACCCAGCUUCGAGACCAGAUCGGAGAGCUUAAGAACGAGAUCAGGCAGCUCCGCGGGCAGCGCUCCAAGUUCGCCCCUAGUUCCCGGGACGGGGGCGGGGGCUACCCGGAUCUGUGUCUAGCUAGCCCCUCGUCGGCCGGAGGCGACUACCUGAGCUCGGAUGAGGACCUUCUCCCCAGCCCCAUCCCCCCCAAUGCCAUGUACACUGCCCUGCCCCACCCCCACCCCUCGGCCAGGCUGGACAGCGAGGGCAGCACCGACAGCGAAGCAGAGGCCCACCCGGACCACCCCCACCACGGCCCCUCGCAGCAGCUCUACACUAGCAUGGUGUGUGCUGAGGUCCUGGACAACUGAGCCAUGGAGGUCCCUGGAACUACCUGGUCCUGACCUAGACUACUAAAGAUACUGUACUCUGCAUCCCUUUAGUAUUAGAGAUGCUGUACUCACCCCAACUUUAUUGUACUACUGUUCUCACCCUAAACUCCUACUGUAACCUGUAACGGACAUCCUCCCCUCCUUCUUCGCGUUGGCGCCAUGGUCUCUCCUCUUUUUGUCAUUCUCUUCUCUCCAUCUCCCCCUUUUACUUCUCUCUUCAGUUAUCCCUCUCUUUAUCUCCCUCUCUCUCCCUAUAUCUCUCCCUGAAUCUCUUUCUCCUCUACAUUUUUACCGGCAGACCCUAUAUUCCCUAUGGGGGUAGAGUCAAUUCCAGUCCUAUUCCCCUGUCCUCUCCUGUCCUGUCCUUGCCAUUAGUUUCCACGCUGCACUCCGGACCUGAGUGAAGAACAGAUAACUUCAGUACGCUCGCUCACUGUGCAGCAAGCAUAUCCUAUCCACACAGAAAGCCGAGAAAAUAAAAAGGAUUGAAAAUUGACCCCCAAAAAUUGCUUUCAACUUUCAAUACUCCAACCAUACCACACAGCAGUGACUAUGAGAUGCAUAGGACAUCACUUUGAUUAAAUGAUUCCCCUCAAGUUUGGAAGGACUUCCAUAUGGAUUUGGGAUCGGUAAAAGAUGAGAUGGAUGGAUGACUUGUUGGGCUUGACCCUGCUCGUACUGUACUGUCCCAUGAGCGAGAUGUGGAACACGCCGUCUCCCUCCAUCUCUCUCUUUCCUCCUCCUUUUCUCUCUCUCUCUCCAUCUCUCUCUUUCUGCCAUUCCAUCAUUCCAAGAAGACCCAUUAGCCACCUGCACUGCCUGUUACAAUGGAAACAACCCUCCACUGUAACCUCACAAUGCACACUUCAAAAAAAUGAGAGCGAGAGGGAAGGAAGGAAGGAUAGAGGUAGGAAAGGAGUAUGGUAUGAACUUGUACACAUCAAUAUCAUAGGGAUGUUACUAGAUGACAUCACAUGCAUAGAUCAAUAUUAACAUUUUAUCUUACUGAAAUUGUAUGUUGUGUGUGUCUCAAUGCCUUGCAAAUUGAAACAAGGCAAGUGAUUUACGAUGGCUCAUGUCAACAACAACAAAAAUCUCAACGUUGCCAAAUCUUUUUUUUUUUUUCUGCUAUUAUUUAUGUUGUUAUUUAUUUUAAUAUUUUUUUUUUUAGAUAUCUCUACAAAUAUAAAUAUAUAGAUGGAUACCAACGGCGGCCAAACUUUAUACAUGUUUUAGUUCCCAUGGUCCUUUGUGCCAACUUGAAUCCUGAGGCUGAGGUGUCAACGGGCGGCGUCCAUGACGAUGCAUGUCAGAGAGACCGAACGAAUGCGCUGCUAUGAUUUUCCUUCUUUCUCCCAGUCUUCUUUUAAGUUAUGUUCUAUCUGCUCAACAUGCAGUUGAACUUUACAACCAACCCCUUAGGAAUCAGGUGCGAGUGCGAAAACUACUGUGAAGAAAUUGUUGAACGGUCAUGGCUAGACUUCAUAAUGAUGUCUCUACCUAUGGCUUAAGCAUGACUUAAGCAUGUGAGAAUACCCACACAUAAACAACUCCUUUUUAUAAUCUAUUUGACAUGUGUUAAGGAAUUUUUAAACCCUAAAAGCAGAUAUCAACACACAAGUGCUUGUAAGAGGACAGCAAUGGCUCAGUCAAUCAUUCAUUUUGUCUAAUGGUGAGGCUAGAGUUUGACUAGUUUGGGACGGAUUGGCAUGCGUCCUUUAAAAGGCUGUGUGAGUGAUGUGAAGGUGUUCAUUUUGAGUUACGGGGGAGAACAAAAUAUGAGAAUUUGUUGACAUUGCCGAUCAGAGGCAAAAAUAUAUAUAAUUUACGAGCUACAAGUGU